AUGGCUGAUAACUAUCAGGUGCUCGAGGAGCUUGGCAGUGGAAGCUUCGGUGUCGUCUACAAGGCAAUUGAAAAGUCCACCGGCGAGAUCGUCGCCAUCAAACACAUCGACCUCGAAGGCAGCGACGAUGAUAUCCGGGAAAUCCAGCAGGAGAUCGCCCUGCUGAGCACAUGCGCCAGUCCCUUCGUCACCCAGUACAAGGCCAGCUUUGUGCGCGGUGUCAAGCUAUGGAUUGUUAUGGAAUACCUGGGCGGAGGCUCCUGCUUGGACUUGCUCAAGCCUGGUCCCUUCGGUGAGGCGCACGUUGCCAUCAUCUGCCGUGAGCUGCUGCUCGGCCUCGACUACCUCCACCAGACCGGCAAGAUCCACCGUGACAUCAAGGCCGCCAACAUCCUUCUCUCGCAAACCGGAAAGGUCAAGAUCGCGGAUUUCGGUGUCGCUGCACAGUUGACCAACAUCAAGUCGCAACGCAUGACGUUUGUCGGAACGCCGUACUGGAUGGCGCCGGAGGUCAUUCAAGAGAUGGGAUACGACUUCAAAGCCGACAUCUGGUCCUUGGGAAUCACUGCCAUCGAGAUGGCCAAGGGCGAGCCACCGCACGCUGAGACUCACCCCAUGAAGAUCCUUUUCCACAUCCCCAAGGCACCGGCCCCGCGCCUCGAGGGCAGCGAGUACAGCAAGGAGUACAAGGACUUUGUCGCCCAGUGCCUGGUCAAGGACCCUGACAGGAGGCCUACCGCCAAGGAGCUUCUUAGGCACAAGUUCAUCCAGCGCGCAGGCAGGAUCGAGGGCCUGCGUGAGCUCAUUGAGCGGAGGCAGAUGUUCGACGCCCGCCAGAGGAAGAUCCACCACCCCAAGUACUAUGCCGAGACAAUGCAAGACAUCUCCCCGCUCAACGAGGACGAUGACGACUGGGUGUUCGACACCGUUAAGCCCGUGCAGAAGCCGCAAACGAAGAAGAGGGCGCCGCGUGUGACAUCGAGCGACUUCCCCGAUGACAUCGCGCAUAGGCUCAACUUCAAUCGUAGCGUCAGUGGUACCCAAAGGCCACCCUCCCGCCGUUCUUCUGCCGCAACUGCCAUCCGGGUCUCAUGCGACAACACAUCCGGCACUGCCCGUCGUGUAAGCAACGCUAGGGAGCCCCUCGGAGUCGACAUGUCCUUCGGCAACAGCAACUCGACGGUACGCCAGUUCCGUCGCAUGUCCAUCUCUGGCCAAAACUCGACCGUGGAAUCCCGUUCUGGUACUACGAAGCGUCCUGGCAGCAGCGGCUCCGUCUCUUCCAGCGCUACACUGCUUCCGGAGUCUCAGAACGAGAACACGCCGCCUCUCCCCACUGGAACCAUGGCUACCGUCUCACGCCUCACCAAGGAGUCUCUCCUCGGACGCCGUGCUUACGUCAAGGCCGUCGACGCUGCCUUCCACGAGACCUUUGCCUCCACGGCCUCUCAGCAGAAGCGCGAGGCUCUCGCCCAAGUGGCGCACGCGUGGUCCGCCCUCGACCGGCUCGACCCCGAGGGCGAGUUCCUGCUCCUCCGCACGCUCGUUGAGAAGCUCAACGGCGACCCGAAGCUCGCCUCAGCUCUCGGCAUGGCGCCCGCCGGCAUGCCGCACACGCCUCUCACCAGCGCCAGCUGCAGCCCCAACAGGCAGCCCGCUCUACCCACCCGUCCUCAGACGCCCAGCACCAUGAAGCACAGCCACGACAGUGCAUGCUAUGCCGAUGACUCGUCGUCGGCGCCCAACACACCGACGAAGCAGCGCCUCAUGCUCACGCGGGACAACUCGCACGUCAAGUCGCACCGCCGGCGGCAGUCAACCGCCACCGCGGUUGGCAGCGACGGUAGCGACGACGGCAUCUCCAGUGUCAAGGCGCGCCGGGGCUCCGGCUCUGUCAUUGACGAGAAGAAGCUGCCGGGCUACGUCAAGCCGGGCAUGGAGCAUGCGGGCGUGCUGGCCGACGUCCUGUAUGGACGAUGGAUGGAGGGUCUGAUGUCCAGGUGGCCUAAGACUUAA